GAGACGCCGCUACACCGUAAUCCCGAUGGAUUGAGUCAGGGACGGAGGUGAAGAGGCGAGCAAAGGAUCAGCUGUGUCCCUGCACCGCUUACUGUUUUUAUUUUUGCGCGAUUUUUAGACGUCUUCAAAAUACAUUUUUAUAAAGUGAAAAAACAAAGGUUUUAUUAUGUAUUGUUAGUCGCCGGGGGUGUUGAAUGAUCGGAUCCAAGCAGACCCAGCCUUUGGAAGUUUUGGGGCCACUGCAGAUGAGAUGAACAGGUUGUGGAGACGUGACGUACCCCUCUCCGAGCGCCUUGGGGACGACUCGCCAGUCGGCAUGGCACCGGGACCCCCGGCCACCGCUGCACCUGCUGGCCCCAAUAUCUCCUGGCUGCCGGAGGUGCCGCUGCUAAGCCCAGAGCAGCCCAUCUUCCUGAUGACCACAGCGGCCCAGGCCGUGUCGGGCUUCUGCGUGUGGACCGCUCUGCUGCUCACCUGCCAUCAGAUCUACAUGCACCUGCGUUACUACAGUGCCCCCAACGAGCAGAGGCACAUCGUGCGCAUCCUCUUCAUCGUGCCCAUCUACGCCUUUGACUCGUGGCUCAGCCUGCUCUUCUUCACCAAUGAGGAGUACUAUGUCUACUUCGACACCGUCAGGGACUGCUACGAAGCGUUCGUCAUCUACAACUUCCUCAGCUUGUGCUACGAGUACCUGGGAGGGGAGAGCGCCAUCAUGGCGGAGAUCCGGGGGAAGCCUAUUGAGUCCAGCUGCAUGUACGGCACGUGCUGCCUCUGGGGGAAGACCUACUCCAUCGGCUUCCUGAGGUUCUGUAAGCAGGCCACCCUGCAGUUCUGCGUGGUGAAGCCCCUGAUGGCCAUGGUGACGGUCAUCCUGCAGGCCUUUGGGAAAUAUCGAGACGGAGACUUCAAUGUGGCCAGCGGGUACCUGUACGUGACCAUCGUGUACAACAUCUCCGUCAGCCUCUCUCUGUACGCCCUCUUCCUCUUCUACUUCGCCACGCGUGAGCUGCUCAGCUCCUACAGCCCCAUGCUCAAGUUCUUCAUGGUCAAGUCUGUCAUCUUCCUCUCCUUCUGGCAGGGCCUGCUGCUGGCCAUCCUUGAGAAGUGCGGCACCAUCCCCCGGAUCAACUCGCCGGAAAUGUCCGUGGGCGAGGGCACGGUGGCGGCCGGCUACCAGAACUUUAUCAUCUGCGUGGAGAUGUUCUUCGCUGCCCUGGCACUGCGACAUGCCUUCACCUACAAGGUCUACAUGGACAAGAGGCUGGAUUCCCAAGGGCCAAUUCCCACAUACGGACAGUACGGCCGCUGUGCCCCAAUGAAGAGCAUCUCCAGCAGCCUGAAGGAGACGAUGAACCCGGGCGACAUCGUCCAAGACGCCAUCCAUAACUUCUCUCCGGCCUACCAGCAGUACACGCAGCAGUCCACGCUGGAGCAGCGCUCGGGCCCGGCCGUCUCGCGCAGCCACAGUGUCACCAGCACCCGCGACAAUGAGAAGACGCUGCUGCUCAGCUCUGAUGAUGAGUUCUGACCCCCACCCAGCCUGGAAGGAGGGGGGUCCAGGGGGAGGGGAGGGGCAUUUAUCAGGUGACCCUGCUCUCAUCCGGUGGCUCCCCAAGGGGCAAAGUGCCAUGGUCCCCUCCCCAUACACACUGUGGCCAACUUUAUACACACACACACACACAGUUACAGGCAUUUAACCUACCCUACAGAGACUUGACCGCGUUAUUGCUUUUGGAACAGAACACAAGACCAACACACAGCACACACUUUUACACACACAUGCAUGCUUUGAUGUGGGAGGGGCUUCAACUGGACUGCACUUUCCCACUCCCUCACACACCUAUAGAGUCCGAAGCACUUAAACUCCCCUGUUCAGCAUGACAGCAGAGUGCUGUUUGUGUAGUAAGGGGCCCACAGUGAGGAACAAGACAUCCACAUCGAUUACCCAGACUGAUGCCAACUGACCUAUAUGCUAGAACUGUACAGCCAUGCUGAGUAUGCAGUUACGUAGGGGUGUGUUUGUACCCCAAAACGGUUUAAACUGAGUGACAUUAAAGCAUCGGUGGGCUGCCCACCGAGGUCUGUAUACAAGCUGAACAGAUUAGCAAAUAUGAUUCACAGAACAUCGAGGUCCACACACCCUCUGACCGGACACAUUGGCACAGGGAGGUCUAUAUAUCCAAGCAGACACACACUGAGCAGACAGACCAGUCCACACGGGCCAUAAAGGUUACUGUCGAUGAGAACGCACUAAAAGGGCAGAUUUCUCAUCUGGUAGUCGCUGCCCAUCUGUUAAACACCUUUAACGAGAGCUAAUCCUAUGAUUUCAGAAUUAUCUCGUCCGAGACCUGCAACGCUGCUUAUGAAACUGUUGCCAAAAAGAGGAAGACUUUCUCAUGACCUCUUCCCCCCCCACCCCCAUUCCAUAGAGGGACUGAGGCUGGAUCUGUGUGGCAUGCAACUCGUCAUACGCUGCUCUUACAUGGAAGGGGAAUAGGGCUGAAUUGGCCGCCGGUGGUGCUAUGGAGGAGUACAGGAUCUGAGGAUCCAGCCCUGAGUGGUGGCCGGUAAAGGGCGGGAUUACUCUCCUCACAUUUUUGGGACAUUUUUCACGGCCCAGGCUUUCGCUGAUGCCAUAAGGCGGUGUUUCUCAACCCGGUCCACAUUUUUACAAAAACCAUACAGCUGGAAGCAAGCAAAAAUGUGGGCUGUCUGACAGGGAGCAGGGAGGGAGCAAAAACGUGGACCGGCUGGGGGUCCUCGAGGGACCGGGUCGGGAAACACAUCCAUAAGGUACAUAGACAUUGGUGAUUUACAGGCUCUAGCUGUAAUGGUACACAGAGACUUUCUAAUCAUUAGCCUUACGGAGACAUAUUUAUGUCUAACUGUAGUUAGAGAGUGAUAAACAUUAUAAUAUGUUGCUGUGAGGCAAAUUAAAUUUACUGCAGCAGGUCCUGGCUCCGGCGCACUGCAGGUGUACAGGGUGUCAGUCAUGAAGUAGUACACGCGUGUUGUGAUUCAGCGACGAUAGAGGGAUUGCAUAAUCAACAGACGGCGAGAGUUUGUGUCACUAUAACAAAAGUGAUCAUGCUCUUCUGGUGGUGACUACAUACAGACUGCCUAUAUGGUGUAGUGCUGGGCUUGUAACACUAGGGGGCAACAGUAAAAUUUAAUUUACACAUGAAGCGCCGUUCUGAUCCCACGAUAAGAAAUGUAUGUUGCCUUUUCUAUAGUUAUCCUCUUUAUUGUUAGCUUUUAGAGUGCCAGUGCCACACCCUUAUAGGGGCCAAUAGAUUUAACAGCUUUCGGAGAAUAUUUGGGUAACAUGACUAUAGCUCCUUAUACGCAGAUCUAACGAGUGUCACAAAAAGGCCAUGAUUUUAAACGUACACCUUUGUGUUUGAUGUGUGGGUGAAACAUUUUGCCUGGGUUAAAGACAAGGUCACAUUUCUUUGGGGGUGGUUUUAAUAGACCAGUAAAAUAUACUGCAAGAAUUGCUGUGGAAGAAUGAUUUUGAGAGUCAGGUCUUUUGUGCAUAUUUUUCCCUCAAGUGUCCUCAAAAUAGAAAUCCUGAAUCUCAUUUGUGUGACAUCCCUCCUUUCUUUUAAAGCUAAUUGCUUCUCCUGAUAUGCUUUGCUAUUAGGGAUUUUUAAAUGAACUUUCCUACUUUGUGCUAUCUUCUCUCAUCCUGCAAUCUCUGCAGCCUGGUUUAUUUUAUGAAUAAGGUAUAUAAAUAUUAUUAUUGCUCAAAGAAAAUAGGAUAUUGUAAAUAAACUUUAAAAGUAAAUGCUGGAAGAAUUUUAAUGGUUAUGAUAAUGUAAAGGUUAAAGAUGCUUAGUUUUGUACUGUCAUUGUUCUAUAUUGCCGUUUAUUUUUACCUGUUCCCCCUUGCUCUUUGUAUAUUUACACAAGGCUUGACAGAUUAUGCUUCUAUUUUCGCCUUUGUGAUGUUCAGAUGAACAAUAAAAAUGGAAGAAUAAAGUAA